AUGCCUGCAUCGCAGUACACCUCAUACACGAUACCUAACUCUGUGCUUAUAGCCAACCUUAAGCUAUCUAGGCAUCCUGAAGGAGAUAAGGCCCUACGCCCUCUGGCGACAAGCAUCUACUAUCUCCUGACUCCAGAUGAGCAGAACGGUGUCUUCCACAUGAACAAAUCCGCGACCAUGCACGUCCAUCACCAAGGCCGCGCGGAGUACAUCUUAAUCACUGCUGGAAACAUCCCACGCGUCGAGCGCAAAGAUAUUGAGUUUAGUCCCUCUCAGGUUAUCGGCCCAAACAUCCACGCUGGGGAGGUCUUGCAACUCCUUGUUCCGUCUGGCGUCUGGAAGAUGUCUCGUCUGCUUCCCGAAGACCUGGAGCAGGCAUCUACGACUAACGUUGCGUAUGAUAGGGAGGACGCGCGUGAUCAUACAGGUUGCCUGAUCACAGAGGUCGUAUUUCCCGGCUUUGCGUGGGAGGACCACUGCUUCCUCACGAAGGAGGAGCUGACGAAGAUGUGGGGCGGUCUCCAGGGAGUGGAGGAGUGGCUUGGAUACUUGAAACAAUAA